AGGGGAGGGGGGGCGUGUAUGGAGCUAAACCAGUGGGCUUGCAAUGACAUGAAAAAAGAGAUUUAGCAUUAAAAAAUUAAGUAAAGAUUUAUGAUUUUAUGCUGCAGCUUUUUUUCAACUAGCGAUGUUUUCAGUGUCAGUGCAGAGUUCCUUCAGCUACACGUCACUAUAAUCAUUAGCUAUCUAAGCUAAUGAGCAUAAUAUAAAUUAAAAUAAUAGCCUUUCUUUAGGUCGAGCAGCGGUACUUGACCGGACCUUUCCAUAAGUUCACUGCAGGUAGAAGAUGAUGAGGAGUAGGCCCAAGAAGGAGCCUUCAAUUUAGCCCUGACGGCAAAAAUGUGCCAGUUUUUAGUGAAAACGUAGCUGAAGGAACUCUGCGGUGAUACUGGGGGCAUGAAAUGAGAAAAGCAUCAUAAGUUUCUACUUUCUGACAAUGUUUGGCUUUUCAACGUUUGAUUUCACUAAUCUUUUUUCAGUAUCUCUACAAGCUGUCACCGGUUUAGCUCCAUAGACGUGCUGCUGUCCUCUCUGGGUUAUAGAGACGAAGAGAAAGAGCGGCCCCACCCGCUCUUUCUCUCACAUCUUAUUAAACGUAGACAUGCACCAAUCAGAAAUGCAAUGGGAGCUUGGUUCGGACAUAAGCUGUGGGUUGUUGGGCAUUAAUACCGUAUCGUUAAUCCUGUAAGAAAAUAACCCCCUUUUUUUAGGAGCUCCUGCUUCUAAAAACGUAAAAAAAAAAAAAAAAUCAUUCACAAAAUAGUUUAAUUACCCUUUUAGAUUUUUAAUAAACCAAACAAAGGAUAAAGGUGCACACUGUUGGCUGAUGCGUUUAUAGAAGAAAAAAUCAUGGAAGUUAUUAACGAGUUUAAUAAACGGGGAGAGGAUCACAUUUAUUUUAGUAUUUAACCCGUCGACAGCGGAUCAGAGGCGAUCAAGACCAAGUGAGCGGCGCGUCUCUAAUUAGGUUUUUAAAGCACAGGGGGCAGCGCGCGGUAACGUUUCAGGUUUUUAACCCUUUGGUCUGCCUCCAUAGCAGAAACAGGCCCAUGCCUAGAUUGGAUUUAAUUGUUGGUCAGUAUCUGACACGGGUGAUGGGUCUAGCUAUGGCCAACGCCUCCAAGCACCCACUUGGGGUCCUGUUUGGUGUCGCACUGGUUCUGGCAACCUUACCACGAACGCUGGACUGACCGAGUGGAAUUGCAGCUUGUUUAUCUAAAAAAAAAAAAAAAAAAAAAAAUGUCACCAAAUCCAUUGCUAAAGAAUAAACUCGGUCUUUUCCACUUUUUUAUUUCUGUUUUUCUUUUUUUUUGGUGCUCUUUUUCCGUUAAACUCCCACCUCCUCCUCCUCCUUUUUUUUUGGCACCCCUGUGUACACUCUCAAUGAUUACACUUCUAACCUGAUGCAUUGUGUCCACGUGACUUGGUGCUGGAUGGCUACUGAGUUUAUUAAUUUGGUUUUGUAUGUUUUUUUUCUGUGUGAUUAUGUGUGCAUAUCAGAUGACUAGACUGGCCCAGCUGUUACACUACACUAGCCUGAGUCAGGCAUUGUUUUCCAAGCCACUAUCCCCGAUCGGGCCAACGCAGCCUUCAAGGGGGGGGAUGUGACCCGGAGAAUAGCCCGCAGAACCUUCCGAGAUGGACACCUUGUCUCUUUUUUUUUUUUAUUUUUAUUUUUUUUUUUUUUUGUUUUGUUUUCGGUUUGUUUCCUUUUCAUACUAUCCCAUGUUGUCCACUCUCUACUGUCUCUAUCUAGAAACUGCAGGUUGUGUUUUAUAUUUGUUAUUUUUUGUUUGUUAUUUUGAUUAUUGUCCAACCCCCCCACUCCCCUCUCUCUCUCCGCUACAGCUGGAGCUUGUGUGUGAUUGAAUUGAGUCCAGGUUGCUCCGGCACAGCGGUGGGAUAUGUGCCACGCUAAAGAUGCUAUGAGGAUCACUAACUCUUUUGUUCUCUUGUCUCCUACGUCUGUUGACGUAGUGAAGGGCUAGUCUUGGUGGAAAAAUGAUGCAGCCAUUGGGGUUGUCUUGUGUUGCACACCUUUCCAACACUGCGAAAACGAUCGCCCCCCCCCUACCCCACGCGGAAAAGCAAGCGCCCAUGCUUGAUAUCGUAUGGUUCAUGACCAAUAUGUUUCCAGUACAGGGAAAAUCCCAGAGGAGGCCAAGGCUCUGUCGCUGCUGGCGCCUGCCGCCCCGGUGCCCAGUCUGAUUCCAGGCGGAGGACUGCUGCCGAUUCCCGCUCCGGCUCCUCUUCAGAGCAUGAGUCCGCUUCAGAACCUGAGCCUCCCUUUAGUGAGUCGGAUCACAGCGGUGCUCGACCCCACGGCGUCUGCGCUCUCCCAGCCUCCCCUCGUCGGAAAUGUCGACCCCUCCAAGAUCGACGAGAUUCGGAGGACGGUUUAUGUUGGAAACCUGAACUCGCAGACAACCACCGCAGAGCAGCUGCUGGAGUUCUUUAAGCAGGUGGGAGACGUGAAGUUUGUCCGGAUGGCCGGAGACGAGACUCAGCCGACGCGCUUCGCCUUCGUGGAGUUCGUGGAGCAGGAGUCCGUGGCCAGAGCGCUGACUCUAAACGGCGUCAUGUUUGGAGAUCGGCCCCUCAAGGUCAAUCAUUCCAACAACGCCAUCGUAAAGCCGCCGGAGCUGACGCCACAGGCUGCCGCCAAGGAGCUGGAGAAUGUGAUGAAGAGGGUGAGGGAGGCCCAGUCCACCAUCGCUGCUGCCAUAGAGCCGGCCGAGUCCAAAAAGCGCUCCUCCAGCCGCUCUCAGAGGUCACGGCGCUCCCGCUCCCGCACGCGCUCCCGCUCCCCCUCCAGAUCACGCAGGAAAAGGUCCCGCUCCAAACACAGACCGGCUCAAAGGUCCUGGCCUGGCGCUGACUCCCACGCUUCAAGGAGCGGUCACAAGAGGCGCUCUCGUUCCAGAGACAGGAGGCACGCCAGGAGUCGGUCCAGGGGCCACAAGAGGAGGAGCAGAGAUCGGUCCAAAAGCCCUCGACGGAAACCAAGAUCGCCUUCACCAAAACGAAGUAAAAGGGAGAAGAGGAGGGAGCGCAGCAGAGACAGAAAGGAGCGAUCCACGUCCAGGAAGAGGAGUCGCAAAGACGAGGACCGGAUACAGAGCAAGUCCAAGACAACAAAGCAGGACUACAAAAGGGGAAAAAAGGAGGCGUAUAAUAGCGACCGAGACGGCUCGGUCAGUCCGAGUGAACACGUGACAUCAUCACCGUGCGCCCAGCACAACGGCAGCUACAAGACUCACAGCGACAAGGACGCGUUUCUGGGUAGGAAUGCAACCAAGUGAAACGAAGCCUGCUCGUGUCUCCCUUCGUCCCUCAGACGCGUCAUCGCUCACCUACACCUCAUCACCAGUUUCUUCCUUUUCAUACUAUGAACUCCUGGAAACCCAAAAGGAUUCUGACGUUGAGCUCAUUUUCCUGCCUGGAGGACGGUGUCCCACACAGGCUCACUCCUCUCAGACUAAAAGCCCGUUCAGGUCAUCCUAACUGCAGCGCUUGUUUCAAAGCGGGUGAAGAUGGAUGACGUGACGUGGCAGAAAGCCUGCAGUGUCAGGGCACGGAACAGGAAACUGUAGUGGCAAAGCUGCUGAGAUCUACCGUGAAAUGUUGGAAACAUGGAGCACCGAGUCAGCUGAAGAGGGAAGGAACACAUUAAGACUUUUUUUGUAAGUCUGUAUUUUAACUGUGGCUUUGUCUUUGACUGUAAACUUCAUUAUUGGCAGUGUUUGUCAUAUUCCAUUAUGUAAACCCUGUCCUCAAAAUAAAUUUCAAAUCUGAAAAGUACUGGUAUGGAAUAACGGAUAUUCAUGAAAAGCUGAAACACGAUCUGAUUUUUGUUUUUGUUUUUUGACACAGUGUAACCCUGGUAAAAGUGAGAGGUAGAGCCCAUUUAGCUUUUAAAUGUUUUCCUUACCAGAAAUGGUUAAAAAGAGCCAAACUGGUCCUUUUUUUCCCCUCCACAGUAUUAUAAAAACGCGGUAGUCGUCCAUCAGCCAGCUGACUGGCAGUGCACAGGAACAUCAUUUCUACGCUCCAAAGUCCAGCAGUCUCUCUGACGUCUCAGUGAAAGGAUGUGUUAGCGGUUUGGAAAGCGUUACUUUAAAGGUGUUUGGCUUCUUUAUACCAGUAACCGACCCGUGCUCCUCGCUCAAAACCACAUGUGUGCAGCAACGAUCUGCUGAAUAGGUGAUAAAAAACAAACUGUCCUAACCUCUGUCUUAUUUAUUUAGACUAAAUGAAUGCCAGCAGGUACACGAGAGGCUGUUCAUGCAAAAAAUUGUUGAGGUGAGGGAAUGGGUGGCACAACUAUUAAUGAUCUGCAACGAUUAAAAACUGGUUCGAUUCUGUGAGUUUCUUUUUAUUACGUCCACCAAAUCAGUUGUGACUACGUUUGGCCUUUUUUCAUAUGUAGUCUUAGCCAGAUCCAGUAGAGGGUAGUUUCACCAGAACCACGGCUGUAUAUUUAUGGGUUUGUAAGGAAACCGUAAAUUACUGAAAUAUUUAAAACUACUAAAUAAAAAAAGGAUCCCAGUAACAGGAUUGACAGCAGCAGUAAUGUUGAAUCUCAUUUAAUUUUUUUCUUAAGUUCAUGGUUUAAAUGUUUAAAGAAUGAUUUGAUCCAACAUUAUUCUAAUGCAAAAAAAAUAAAAUAAAAGGAAGUCUGAAAGCAACUCCAGUAAACCUUCAUUAAUCUAGAAACAGGUUAGGGCUUCGUUUUGACUGGGAGAAACCAGUUUUUUUUUUUUUGUUUUUUUUCUCUGCAGAUUCUGAAAAGCUUAUUUAUUUUUGGGUGGACAGUUGAAGGAAGAUAUGAUCUUUGAGGUUUGUGAAUCGUUUUUGUUCAUCUUCCUUGCCCCCGAUUUCUGCACCAUAUAGUGACUCAGUUGUCCUACAAGAUCUGCAGAGACACCAGCGCCACCAGGUUUUUUUUUUUUUUUUUUUUUUACUUGUUCUAGAUGUAGGCCUCAUUCACAUUUAUGUAAAAGUAGCCACAGCAACGUCCAUGUUUCAUUCUUCUUCUGCUGUAACGCCGCGAGACAAAUCCUUUCUGUCUUUCAUACCGUGUCGCCCUGACGACGCUGACAUGUCCCAGGUCAGCAAAGGGUACGGAAGCACAGAGGGGUCAAAAAGUGCCUAGAUUACAAUUGUACAGCAAACCAAUAAGAUGUUGACUCAUUUGGAUGUUUUGCAAAUACGACUAAUCAGAUGUUAUAUUAAAGUAUUGUGGGCUGUCGGAACAGACUAAACAUUUAUUGGAUGCUUUUAUCUUUUUACCCUGUGAUUUGAUGUGUUGCUCUAAUUAUUAAACGCGUGCUUGUCCAAACAUUAUUUCCACAGCGGCAAACAGAUCUGGAGGGAUAUUUUUUUUUUUCUAGCCUUAUUUUAAAUGGUUUACGUUUUACUUCCACUUCUGUCUGAAAUAAUGAGCUUCAAGAUUUUGGAAAGAAAUCAUUUCAGGCUCAUCUGCCAAUAUGUGAAAAAUGUACUUUUUUUUUUUUUUUAAAUGUGUUGAUAUUUUCCACAUUUGAUGGUUUCUUGUCCAGGGGAAUUCCAGGAGUGAUGCUGUGUUUAGGAUUCGAUGUAACGGUUCAGUAAAAUAUUUUACGAAAUGUUUGGAUGUAUGUACAUAUUAUUCUUUAGUUGGAACCUAAAAUAUGUUUUGUUUGCAAAACCUCUCAAUAAAGAGACUUUUCACUCA